AUGACCUUUGUCCCUCAUCAUCGCAAAACCGUCGCGCAUUUCCCGACGUUUUCCCCUUUCCUUUUCCUUUUCUUCACGUCCCUUCUCAACCUCACUCCUUCGACGCAAACGCAAAACCAGACUCAUUGGACUAGGACGGACAAAGUCUCCACUUCCGAUGAUGCAAGUCGCAGAAAAAAAAUAUUAGCCGUGCUCUUGAAUUUGUCUCCACCAACUUUGAUUUAUCAAUUUCCUGACUGCGACAGUGACGAGGAUGAGGAAUUCAAACAGCAAGAUAAAGAAUUGAAGGCCUGUGUACCUUUUGCAGUUGUUGGCAGUUCGACAGUAUUGGAAGUUGCUGGCAGAAAAGUUCGUGGACGUCAAUAUCCAUGGGGCGUUGUCGAAGUGGAGAAUCCGAAACAUAGCGAUUUUGUGAAAUUAAGAACGAUGUUAAUAUCAACACACAUGCAAGAUUUGAAAGAUGUGACGCAGGAUGUCCACUAUGAAAAUUUCCGGGCCCAAUGCAUUUCCCAAAUAUCCCAGCAGGCUAUCCGGGAAAGGAGUAAACUAAAGCGAGACUCUGGUCCACAUUUCGAGAAUAGUAUAUCGGAAACCGACAGGCUGCUUUUGCAAAAGGACGAAGAGAUACGAAGAAUGCAGGAUAUUUUGGCACAAAUGCAAGAAAAGCUGAAGGCAACAGGACAAGUGGGGGGAGUUGGAAUGAGGAGACGUGUUGGAAGUCUAGGAAACGAUCUGGACGCGACUGAUGUAGACAAAAAGCGAAACAGUAUUAUUGACGUUUAAAUGCAUUGCAACACUCUUUCCGAUCAGCUCAAGUUUAAUGAUUGUAGAGAAAAUUUUUUUAAUUGGUAUAAGAAUCUAGGUUUUUUUUAUUUUUGUAAAUUUUAAUAGCUUUUCAAAUAAUAAGGAAUCUUAACACAUUUUAGCCAAGUGUGACUGACGCGUCAGUCAUGGCGAGUCCAGUUAGUCAGUCUGGGCCGAAACGUGCUCGGUUUCGCUUUAUUCAAAAAGCUAUUAAUAUUUACAAAAAAUAAAAAAAUUCUAGACCCUUUUGAAAGUUAAAAAAACAAAUUUAUAAAGGACACGUUUCGUACCAGGCUGACUGACGCUUCAGUCAUGCCGAGUCCAGUGAGUCAGUGUGGACGAAACGUUUUAAGUUUGGUAUUAUUUAAAAAGCUAUUCACUUUUACAAGAAAUUUUUUUUGCCCUGAUGCAAGUUAAAAAACAAAUUAAAAAACGCGUUUUUUUCAGGACUGAUUGGCGCGUCAGUCAUGGCAAGUCUAGUUGAGUCAGCCUUGAACGAAACGUGUUAAAUUUCAUAUUAGAUCGUGUAAGAAUUAAAAAAAUUAGACCCUAAUUAAAAUCAAAAGAAAAGUAAAAAAAAUUUCCUCAUAGGUUGACUGACGAGUCAGUGAUGACGAGUCCAAUAAGUCAGCCUGGAUGAAACGUGUCAAAUUGCGUAUUAUUUAAAAAGCUAUUCACUCUUACAAGAAUUAACAAAUUUUGACCCUAAUUCAAGUAAAAAAAAGUUUCGUCCCAGCCUGACUAACGCCUCAGUCAUGACGAGUCCAGCGAGUCAACCUGGGCCGAAAAUUGCUAGGUUUCGUGUUAUUCAGAAAGCUAUUAACAUUUACAAAAAUAAAAAAGUUUUAGACCCUAAUGCAUGUUUGAAAAAAAAAUUGAAAAAAAACACGUUUCGUCCCAAGAUAACUGCCGCGUCAGUCAUGAAGAGUAGUGAAUCAGCCUUGGACGAAACGUGUUAGGUUUCGUAUUAUUUGAAAAACUAUUGACUCGUAUUAGAAUUAAAAAGUGUUGACUCUAAUUCAAGUCAAAAGAAAAAAAGUAAAACAAAAAAGUUUCGUCCAAGUUUGACUGACGCGUCGGUCAUGGCGAAUCUAGUAAGUCAGCCUGGACGAAACGUGUCAAGUUACGUGUCAUUUAAAAAGAUGUACACUUUUAAAAGAAAUUUAAAAGUUUUAAACCCUGAUUAAAGUCAAAAGAAGAAAGUAAAAAAAAAACGUUUCGUGCAAGGCUGACUGACGCGCCUGUCAUGAAUAAUCCAGUAAGACAUCAUAGAACGAAACGUACUUCGUUUCAUAUUAUUUCAAAAUAUUUCUUUAGCUAACAUCACGGACUUGGAUCUUUUUAAUUCUUGUGAGUUUCAAUAUCUUUUCAAAUAAUUUGAAACCUAAUCAGUUUCGUGAACAGAUGACUGAUGCGUCAGUCAUGGCGAUUCCAGUAAGUCAGCCGGGGCCGAAACGUGUUUGGUUUCGUAUUAUUCGAAAAACUUUUUUAAAAGAACUUUCCUCUGGCUAAACACGGUUCAUCCUAGGCUGACUCACUGGACUCUUCAUGGCUGACGCAUCAGUCAUCCUUGGAUAAAGCGUGUUAGGUUUCCAAUUAUUUAAAAAUAUAUUGACUCUUAUGAAAAUAAAAACUUCUAGACCCUAAUGCAGGUAAAAAAAUCCUUUCAUGAAAACUUUGCAAAUAAUACGAAAUUCAUUACGUUUCGUCCUAAGAUGACUGACGCGUCAGUUACGGCCAGUCUAUAAGUCAGUCUGGGUCGAAACUUGUUUGGUUUCGUAUUAUUCGAAAAGCUUUUAUAAAAGAACUUUCCUCUGGUUAAACACGGUUCAUCCUAGGCUGACUCACUGGACUCUUCAUGGCUGACGCGUCAGUCAUCCUUGGAUAAAGCGUGUUAGGUUUCCAAUUAUUUAAAAAUAUGUUGACUCUUAUGAAAAUAAAAACUUUUAGACAUAAUGCAGGUAAAAAAAUCCUUUCUUGAAAACUUUGCAAAUAAUACGAAACUUAUUACGUUUCGUCCUAAGAUGACUGACGCGUCAGUUACGGCGAUUCUGUAAGUGAGUCUGGGCCGAAACGUAUCAGGUUUCAUAAUAUUUAAAAAGCCUUUGACGCGCUCAAGAAUAAAAGAAGCUUAGAGGCUCAUGCUGAUUAAAAACAACUUUUUUACAAUUAUUAUGCUGGAGCAAAUUGAAAAACGACAUAUUUCGAUAAAUCAACAAAGAUGUCAUUUAAGCAACUGAAGUAUAAUCAUAACUUAUAGGUAUUUGCGUGCAUCAUAAUAAUAGAUGCGCCUAAUAAAUUCUUCUCGUUAUCCCAUUAUAUUCUACGUUUUUAAACAAAUUUACUUAGAGAUUUGAAUAAAAUAUUUUAAAAUUAAUUAUUUAAAAAUAAGAUUCUACUCAGAAAAUAUUUAGAAUUUCGAAAAUAUCAUUAAGAAAAGACUAGUCAUGAAACAGAAGAAAAGUGAGUUGGGCAACCAGGGUGAAGUGAGGAAACUUUAUGUACAAUUGUUCUUCUAUUAUUUUUAAUUUGUUGUUGUUCAGUCCAAUUGAAUGAAUUAUUGUAAAAUAGGAUGAUACGUAUAAAUCGCACAAGUGUUUAGUACUCCUCUCAACAAGACAUUAAAUAAGCAGCGAACAUAUUUGUAGAACUUUUCCAGGUUUUUAGACAGAAUUUUUUAUAAUCGAUAAAAGUAACUUUGAAAUAUUAUUUUCAAAUAAGUUAGAAGUACUUAAUGCGGAAAACUCCCGAUAAGAGUGGACUGAAAUAUAUAUUGUUUCUAAACACAAA